ACGCUCUCUCACGCGACAGCCUCCAUCCCGAGGGAUUGCCAUCCUCCGCGCUCGGGCCUGGCCGCUGGAUGCGUUUUGCUGGGAGGUCAAUGGUCGCAAAGUCCGCCAAUCACGCGCCUGCCCCACCUCUUGGUUUUUGUUUUUUUCCCCUCCUUCCCCUCUGAUAAAGAGCCCCACUUAACCUUCGGCGCCGCCGUUGGCUCUCUGUUUUCCGACGGAGCGAAGGUGGAAAGAUCGGAUCGGGCGGGAGCAGCCCCAUUUUCGCCAUCACCUCGUAUCUUCUCCCAGUGUAGGUCUUGAGUAAAGAAAGAAGAGAUGGCCUUGAAGGUAGCUGUAUUUCUGAGCUGUGUGCUGGGAAUUAGUACCCUAACCCUGGAGGAACCUGAGGAUGGAGGCAAGCAUUGGGUUGUCAUUGUGGCUGGUUCCAAUGGCUGGUAUAACUAUAGGCACCAGGCUGAUGCAUGUCAUGCUUACCAAAUUGUGCACCGGAAUGGUAUACCAGAUGAACAAAUUGUUGUUAUGAUGUAUGAUGACAUUGCUUAUAAUGAUGACAAUCCAACCAAAGGCAUUAUUAUUAAUCGACCAAAUGGCACAGAUGUAUACAAAGGAGUAUUAAAGGACUACACAAAUGAUGAUGUAACACCAGAUAACUUCCUUGCCGUGCUGAGGGGUGAUGCUGAAGCAGUAAAGAACAAAGGGUCAGGAAAAGUAUUACAAAGUGGCCCCAAGGAUCAUGUAUUCGUUUACUUCACGGAUCAUGGCGGUCCUGGAAUUCUGGCUUUUCCAGAUGAUGAUCUCAAGGUACAACACCUGAACAAGACAAUUAGGUAUAUGUACCAUCAUAAAAAAUACCAAAAGAUGGUUUUUUACAUUGAAGCAUGUGAGUCUGGAUCAAUGAUGGAAAAUUUACCUGAUGAUAUUAAUGUUUAUGCCACAACAGCGUCUAACCCUGAGGAAUCUUCAUAUGCAUGUUACUUUGAUGAAAAAAGGCAAACGUACCUGGGGGAUUUGUACAGUGUCAAAUGGAUGGAAGAUUCUGAUGUGGAAGAUUUGAAAAAAGAAACCCUCCACAGGCAGUUUGUGUUAGUAAGGAACCACACCAAUACCAGUCAUGUGAUGCAGUAUGGAAAUAUUUCUAUCUCUCAUAUGAAAGUAAUGCAGUUCCAGGGCUCAAAAAAGAAUUCCAGCACCCCCAUUUCAUUGCCACCGGUCGAUCACUAUGACCUCACACCUAGCCCUGAUGUGCCCCUUGCAAUUAUGAAGCGAAAACUGUUGGCCACCAAUGAUAUCUAUGAAGCAAAGGCAAUUGUAAAAGAGAUGAAGACACAUCUGGAGGCCAGACAGCUGAUUCAGGAGUCAAUGCACAAGAUCAUGUUUUUAAUAACACGCUCUAAAGAGCAUGCAAAUAAAAUCUUGUCAUCUAGACUGAGCCUCAGAAAUUAUGACUGUUAUGAGUCAGCAAUGGAUCACUUUAAAAAACAUUGCUUUAACUGGCACAAUCCUUUGUAUGAAUAUGCUCUGAGACAGUUGUACGCCUUGGUCAAUGUUUGUGAAAUAGGGUAUCCUGUUGACAGAAUACAGUCGGCUAUGGAUCAAGUGUGCCUUGGAUAACUAUCCGUUCCAGUAAAAUCUACCUCCUUUCAAAUUAAUAAAUAACCACGGCAUUAAUCUGGAAUAAUCAACAAGGAAUUAACCCAAAGCAAAGCAAAAUCAUUUACAGGCAUAUGUUACAAAGCAACAAGCCCAUGUUAUUUUAAGUCAAGUGACUGGGUCCUGCACUUUAAAGUUUUCACAGUACACUGUGUUGUGAUCCCACCCAGGUCUGCGUUUUACUCCAGGAGUUGCUUCUUGGCUUCCUUGGUUCUUCAGAGCCCUUCCAGUUGCCACCUGGAUUCCUUUGGGUCAGCCUGGGAAACUUUUAUUUGUAAUAUUUAACAAAUACGCUGACUGGCAUAAGCUCUUCUUUUUAAUUGAAAUAUGUUUAGUUAUUCCUUUUACAGAGGUUUUGGGUGCCUCAACUAUUUACAGGUGACCCAGUAGAUUUCUCAAAAUUCCCUUUUGUGAAUGUAAUACUCUUGGUUUUUAUAAUUGUAGGUCAGUGCUUUCACGAUUUGAAGGAUACAUUAUUAAUUAAAAAGUUUACAUUGCAUGGUUCAAGAAUAAAAAGCCAUCAAUCUCUGCCUCCCCAUUAAAACUGGUGGGGAAAUGAGCUACAAUGCUAUAACAUGAUUCAGCUUCGUUAAGAAACAAAUCACGGUCUUCCAUCAGGAGUGAUGGAAGAAUUACUUUUGCAGCUUCUACUGAAAGAGAAGAUAUAGUGUUUGUUUUCAAGUCUAAUGUAUGUUUACAAAAGUUGAUAGGAGACAUUGCCGUAUUUAGGGCAAUCUUUGAAUUAAAAAGAAGUUGAUAAACCA